AUGUUAAGAAAACAUUUGACAGUUGCACCAUUGCUGAUACUUGUGCUGAGUGUCUUCAGAGGACAUACACUCACAUGUCAUCCAACAGAAUAUCUAAUGGGGAUCAAUGCUGUCAUAAGUGUCCAGCUGGAAGUCGAGUUGAAAGCGAUUGUACAGAGCGGAGAACUACUUCCUGCCUGGGUUGUGACAAAGGAACAUUUAUUAGUCAUCCUACUGAUUUUAUGAAGUGUUUGGCCUGUUUACGCUGUAUUUCAGGUUCUGGUUUAAAGAUAAAGACAGCAUGUACGACUACCUCAGAUACAGUUUGUGAACCACUGGAGGGAUUCUACUGUCUGUUCUCUCCAGGAAACAGCUGUGUGGAAGCACAGAAACACAGCAGCUGUCAACCAGGACAAUAUAUCAGCCAAAAAGGAACAGCAUUAAGGGACACUGAGUGCUCUGACUGCAGAGAUGGAACAUUUUCUGAUGGGACAUUAUUGACAUCGUGUCAGCCACACACACAAUGUCAAUCAUUGGAUCUUCAGCUGAUAAAACCAGGAACUGCUUCAACAGAUGCUGAAUGUAAAGAACAAAGUUCAGGAGCUGUGAUCUACGCCGUUGUGGGGGUUGUGAUCUUUCUCUGUUUAGUGGUCGGACUCGCAAUAGCUCUGUUGUUUUUCAAGCGGCGUCUCAAAAAGAAGAAAGACACAGGAGGAAAAAGGAAUGCAGACAAACAACAGUACGUCAAAAAGAAUAUGAAGAAAAAGCUGCAGGAUGUGAUAAUUAAACACAGAGAACGUUCAUAGGACACAUCAGAGGAAAGUUCCAUGUUUGAUAAAAUCCAGUUGGAUGCUGACACAUUGUAAGUUGUACAGAAAGGAAUCAGUCCAAGGUGAAUUUUGGACACUGUGCUCCAAAGUGAACAGCUGCUGGUCUGCAGCCUGCAUCAUAUUCUUCCAGAGAUGUUACUGGACAGAGACUAGUCAGUCUGGAAUAACAGCUUGGAGCAAGUCCCGGACUAAGUACGUAUGUAACGGCUCCAGGCUCUUCACUCAGAACGUCUGCUCCAUCUCUCUCACCUGGACAUUUUGCUGCUUGUACAGUGAGCUCUCCUUGUGUGGAACACCUUAAAGACCAACAUGUUCCCAUCCCUGUCAUUCCAAGCCACAGAUCACCCAGACAUCAUGUGUCUGAAGGCAGGUAUCAUCAGAGAGCUAACACCUGGCCCCCCUGCCCCCGCGGCCUCUUGCCUCUACUGAAGCCCCUCCUGACCAAGCUUCUGUCAGGACGGCUCUGCUCAACGCUCGCUCCCUUACCAACAAGACAUUUCUUCUCAAAGAUGGAUUUUUUUAGGGAAAAUUUGGAUUUUCGGAUCCUUACUGAAACCUGCCAGAGGAAUACCGAGUAUACGGCCAUCAUUGAACUUUGUCCUUCAGAGUGUAGCUUCAUCAGGACACUGAGGCUGUCAGGGCGUGAUGGUGGUCUGGCAGUGAUUUUUAGAAAUAGCUUUAACUAUCGGUUGGUUAGGACCGACACUGUCCCCUCAUUUGAACUCAAUAUGACUCGGAAAAAAGGAAAAUCCUGCAUUCUGCUUUUGCUACUAACGUUUCAGGGACAGAACCGACCUCACGGCCCAUCUGACCCUAUCCUGUCUGAUUUUACUGAGUUUUUAUCUUGAGUUAUGAAGUUGGACAUAGUUUUAAUUAUUAGUGGUUUUCAUGUUGAUGAUGCUUCUAAGGCUGAAUUUGAAUUUCUUGAUUUUACUGAGCUUUUCAACUUUAUACAACAUGUUUCUGGACCCACACAUUUAAUUCAUUUUAUAUAAGAAGGGGACAAUGUUACAAAUUAAUAAAACACAUGAUUAUACACUACAUGGGUUAAAAAUGCAAGAAUUGGCCAACAGGCCAACACAUAAACAAUUAGGGGCCGGUGUGUUGGAGCCAUUAAACCACUUUGUUUUGUUUGUAUAGGCUACCAUGUUGGUUAUGUCAAUUAAUGUGCAGUUUUAUGUUUGAGCACUGGGUGGAGCACUACCUUUGGGAAGGCAUAAAGGUAAUCAGCCACAGGUACACAGGUGGGUGGCAAUAGGGGAAAGCAGACAACUUUUCUCCGUGAAAAUACUAAACCAGAAAUGAAAUGGACUGUAUGCUUGUGCGACGGUAAGCAGGCCGUUACUAGAAAUAAAUGGGUCACAGCACCGAAAUGUA